CGCUUCCAGAGUAUCGUGGUGAUAUCACUACCAAAAUGACUUCCCGACGCCCAGAUCUUUCGCAAUACCCAACCGGAUUCACGGUUCUGCGCAUCUUCCAAGCUGUACUAAACAUUAUCACCAUCGUCGUCACGUCUUUCACAAUAAAUGCCGUGGUUAUUCCGGGGAACUGCUUGUUGAUCAUAACCAGCUCUGCAUCACUUCUGGUCUCAACAUGGAUGGCCUUUGCUCAUAUGUUCUCCAACCGCCUCUUCAAUUACUUGGUCGCCGCGAUUCUUGACACAAUUCUCACUAUAUUUUGGCUCAUAUCAUUUGCCGUUCUCGCGGCGCAAACAGCGGUGUUAUGGGCCCAUGGCACUGAUUACUGUGAAAACAACAAGUGCCCCGACAGCCUCAAGACCGUGACGAGUUUUUACGGAUACGUCUUUGCGACUUGCGUCGGUCUUGGUGGCUUAGCAUUUCUGUUCUCAUGCAUUUGCCUUAUCUUUCAUGGCAUUGUCAGUUGUCGACAACAUCGAUAUAACCAAAUCGGCACGAAUAACGUCUCCGAACCAAUUUUUGUCGGCGACAGACAUCCCCAGGGCUCGACCGAGUAUCGGCCUUUGGCAUAA